AUGACUGAUGGCAAUGAGAAACUUAAACAAAUGGAGGAGGAGAUGGAUAGAUUCGAGGCUGAGAUUGCUCACCAGUCGUCAGGCAAGACACCAAAUAAUAUUCCAAUCUCUGGCGGAUUUACAUUCCCUCCUGUUACUAGCUUUAUGCCUCCCCAGUUACGUGUGCAUCAAAACCCGACCAACGUCGUGCAGCCAGUUUAUUCGGUCUUACCACUGCCUCCCGGGGUUCCCAUGUUUGUCCCCCUUUCACAACCUCCUGUGUCUUGUUACCAUAUGAAUGUCGCCCACACGCAGUUGCCGCCAUCAAAUCCUGUUUUCAUGCCUUCAAAGGCAUCUAAUAUGUCGAUCCCAACACAAAAAAUGGAAAUGUCUUCCGUUUCAUCAGUUAACAAAGAGACUGUUAGUGAACAUAACCCAACUCAAAAAGUUAUAACUGCUCCACCACAAAUGGCUGGACCAAACGAGUUGGCGGCACGGGCCAAGCAAGCCGCUGCGGCGGUUGCAGCUGCCAAGUCUAAAGCUGAAGACGAAGACGAUGAUGUUACUCGAGCAUUGCUAGCUGCGGCAGCGGGAGUUACUUAUACUCGAGUUCAGGGGCCAGAUGGAAAAGAAAAGGUUUUAGCAAGUAUCACUAAACCUCCGCUAACACCAGUCGUUACACAAUCAAGUAAAAAAUCAAAGCUAACCGAUCUCAAUACAGAUACGGAAGUGAACAAAGUAACACAAACAACAAUAUUACCACCGGUACCGCCUACAAUUUAUCGUUCUGCUAGUACAACCACAAAUGAUCAAGUCUAUAAAAAGAAAAAGUACAUUCGCACAGCUGCUGGAGCCACUUGGGAAGAUCCGACUUUGGUUGAAUGGGAUCCAAAUGACUUCCGAUUAUUUUGUGGGGAUUUGGGGAAUGAAGUGACAGAUGACACUCUAGCACGAGCAUUCAACCGCUACCCUUCUUUUCAAAAAGCAAAAGUUGUUCGAGACAAACGUACCAGUAAAUCUCGUGGUUAUGGUUUCGUUAGCUUUUCUGAUCCUGGAGAUUUCACACGUGCCAUGCGAGAAAUGAAUGGUAAAUAUGUUGGUAAUCGUCCAAUCAAACUGAAAAAAAGCGAGUGGCGUAAUCGUCAACUAGAAGUCCAUAGAAAAAAGGAGAAAGAAAAACGAAAACUUGGUUUGAAAAACUGA